AUAACCGCGAUGUCUUGUCGCUAGAUGGAUUUACCUAAUGCGCGGCCAUCAAAAUCAAAACCAAUAAAGGACUCAAUCUUUUUACUUAAAGUAAUUAGAUAAGAGCUCCCAAGAAGCGGCCUUUAAUGAGCCCGCGAACCACUCGAGGACACGCCAAUGAAGACGCAAUCCAUGCUAAUCAAGAUUUUUUUCGCCUUUGACUUGUUUUAAUAUCGAUCAACAUCGAGGACGCUUUCGAUGUCAAGAUGGGAAUUCCGUUCAGAUAUGGAUUACUGGUUGCUUGCUGGAUGUUGUUAAUGCCUCAAGAGAGAGAAUGUGCAUUCUCGAAGCGACGCAAUCCACAACARCAGUUGCUCCAAGAUAUGUUUGAGAAUUAUGAUAGUGACUCUUUGUCUUACAAUGCGGAGGCUUCUGGAGUUCAAAACAGUACAGGUGGUAUCACGGUAAAGUUCACUGCAAAGCUAGUUCGGAUUAUCGGUGUGAAUGAACGAGCAAACACCAUGCAGACGGAAUGGUGGGUCCAGCAGCACUGGUCAAACAAGGAUUUAUCAUGGAAUGCUAGUAAAUACAAUGGUGUUGAAGCAGUGUAUGUAAGCCCUGGACGAAUUUGGACGCCAGACAUUUUAUUAUAUAAUAGACAGAGCGAGGAUAAAAAGAAAACAUCCAAGACUUUGUACUACUCGAGGUGAGAAGAAAAGAAAACAACAACAAAAGUACAAUGUAUUAUGCAAGAAAACGAAAAGAAAUUUGAAUAAAAUUUUUGACUUAAUGAAUUACCUUUUACCAAAAGUUUGAAAAGCUUUUUCAGAGUUGAUCAGCGUUUGUCAAAGCAAAAAUCGUGACAUGAUCUUGUUGUUUCAAAAUUUUCAGUCACAAACUUUGAUCUUCAAAGUGCGUUCAUUAAUUUAAGGGGAAAAAAAUCGUAUACAGAAAGAGGGACGUUUAGGUUUUUAGCGCGGCCCAGUCGGAGACCUGCAAAAUUAUAUCGCUCUUUUUUUAAAUAAGUAAUGAAAAUUUCCCUAUUUUUUGAUUAGAUCUACUUUUAAAACUUCAUCAUCAUUUGAAAGAAAGAGAAAUCUUACUCUCUCUUAAUUUAGCACGAGGUAUUCUAAAAACAAUAAUUUGUCUAGAUAUGCUAGUGUUUUCUCAAGUAAAAGUUUUAAGAACAUUGUAGAAACAAAUAGCCAGUAUAGCGUGCGCAA